GCGAGGGGAGCUCCUCGGCUGCUAGGCCUGUGCAUGCUCCCGACAGAUGCGCGUGGCUCCUUUCGCCACGUGGAGUCUAUUGCUGGUGACAGGGCUGUCCCACGACGCGCGGGCAGGGGUAGCGCCAGCUGUGAGGUCGACGCAGAAACACAAGACGGGUGCAACGAUCUGGGUAAGAGAUGGAGUUGGAGGGGGAGCUACGACGUGGAUCAGACAAAUGGAUGAUGACCUUGGAGAAGGGAUGCAGGCGGUUACAGGUGAUCGUGGGGGAGCUGUCUUUGCGGUCACAUGAGGAGCCAGAGGUCGAAGGGGGACUGAUUUCUCUGGCUGAUUGGUUGAAAGAUAUGACUGACGACAUGCUGGAUAUCAUCUGGGAGCUGGACGAGGGGCCGGAUCCCCAGCUGGAAGCCUGCAUCGAUCGGAGGAGGGCAGAUGGCAUGAUGUCUACCUGCUAUGCCCUCUUCACUGAGGGUCGCAACCUGCGCUAUAUGUUUGCGGACCGGCUGGAGGGCAAUAACGACAUGGAGGAUGAGGACUGGCAGGAGGAUGGAGCGAAGGAAGACGAAGAUAACUCCGACGUCAACAACAACAACAACAACAACAACAACAACAACAACAACAGCAACAACAGCAACAACAACAACAACAACAACAACAACAACAACAACAACGACAACAACGACAACAACGACAACAACAACAACAACAACGGCCACAGCGACAACAACAACGGCGACAGCAUUAACAACAACAACUACAACGACAACAAUAAUAACAACGACGACAAUAACAGCUUCAAGAACGACAGUGCGGUCGGGGACGACGGUAAAAGCAACAACAAGGACAACAACAACAACAAAAAAAACAAAAACAACAACGAUGACCACAGUAACAGUGGAACUGGCAGCAGUGACCGUGCAACCAAUUUCAUCAUCAGAAUGCUAAUUUGGCCUGAGAUGGAUUCGGUGGAGGAGCUACAACAUCGUGCGGAGGAAUGGCUUGACACACUGGGAGAGGGGAGCAAGCAGCUGCGGAUGAUAGUGGGGAUGCUGAUGCUGCGGAGGCAGGGGGGGGUGGAGAUCGAUGGGGGGGCGAUCUCUAUGGAGCAGUUGUUAGAUGAUAGGAUCCAGGAGAUGCUGGACGUCAUGUGGGAGCUGGAGGAGGGGACGGAUCCUCGGCUCGAACCCUACAUCGACUGGAGGCGGGCGGAUGAUGGGAUGGGUGUGUGCAAAGGCCUCUUUAUAAAGGGCCGCAAUUUUCGCUAUCAGUUGGAGAGCGAGAUGGGUGACAAGGGCGACAUGGAUGAUUGGGGGGAGGGAGGAGUGGAUGCCAGCGAAGAUAAUUGCGGCGACGACACUGGCGAUAGCAACACCAGAAACAACAACAACAACAACAACAACAACAACAACGACAACAAUGACAGCAACGACGACGACAACAACAACAACAAUAACAACGGCAGCGACGUAGGGGUUGAUUGCUGCAACGACACUGGCGACAGCAACAUCAGCAACAACAACAACAACAAAAACAACAACAACAACGACAACAACAGCAGCAACGACGACGACAACAACAACAACAACAACAACAACAACAACAACAACAACGGCAGCAACGCUGGGGUUGACAACAAAAACAGCAACUACAACUACAACAACAAUAAUGAUGGAGGCAGUGACGACGAUGGUGGCAGCGACGAUCAUGGCAGUCGCAACAACAACAACAAUAACACUCACGAUAGCGGCAGCACCAGGGUUGAGAGCGGAAUUGGGGAUGAUAUCAACAACAACAGCGAUGAUGGCGAUAGUGAUGACGACAGAGGCAGCGAUGACCAAGGCAGCAGUGGACCUGAAAAGGUCCUGAAAGCCUCAGCACGACGGGAGAGAUGCCGCACGCUAACGUGGAGAGGGUUGGGAUUGAUAAGUGGUUUGCCAUCUCCCCCUCCCUCGCCCCCUUUAACCUCGUUAUCUGGUUGAGAGUAGGAGUGGGAUAAUCGCUGUUGAUUGGUGUUGCUAAUUGAUGUUGAGUGGUGUUUCCCGGCCCGCAAUACCAAUCAACAAUGGAGUGUUAAGGGGGGCCGGUUAGGAUCUAGAUUGCGGGUGGUCAAUGCUUCCCUAGCGCGGGGAAGCAAUCAAUGCCCCCGCUCACACACAUAUCAUAUCACUCAUAUAGUUUGAUUGAUAAAGAUCAUACACUUCA